UCACGGCCUUUCUUGUGGCUCACCCUAUGCAGUUUGUGUAUUUGUUGAAAACUUUAUGUGUUUUUAACAUGGUUUUUGCCAAACUUGGUUUUUCCGAGACCGUCUUUUCUCAGAGGCUCAGUUUUACCGUCCUAUCUGCAGUCGGCUACUUUCGGUGGUAGAAGAGGCCACAUCUGCUUCCUGUAGGCCCUCUGGGCAGAAGCAUGCGGUGGUGUCUCCUCCUGAUCUGGGCCCAGGGGCUGAGGCAGGCUCCCCUCGCCUCAGGAAUGAUGACAGGCACAAUAGAAACAACCGGGAACAUUUCUGCAGAGAAAGGUGGCUCUAUCAUCUUACAAUGUCACCUCUCCUCCACCACGGCACAAGUGACCCAGGUCAACUGGGAGCAGCAGGACCAGCUUCUGGCCAUUUGUAAUGCUGACUUGGGGUGGCACAUCUCCCCAUCCUUCAAGGAUCGAGUGGCCCCAGGCCCUGGCCUGGGCCUCACCCUCCAGUCGCUGACCAUGAACGAUACAGGGGAGUACUUCUGCAUCUAUCACACCUACCCUGAUGGGACUUACACAGGGAGAAUCUUCCUGGAGGUCCUAGAAAGCUCAGUGGCUGAGCACAGUGCCAGGUUCCAGAUUCCAUUGCUUGGAGCCAUGGCCACGACGCUGAUGGUCAUCUGCAUAGCAGUCAUCGUGGUGGUCGUGUUGGCUAGAAAGAAAUCCCUCAGAGUCCACUCUGUGGAAAGCGACCUCAGGAGAAAAUCAGCUGGACAGGAGGAAUGGAGCCCCAGUGCUCCCUCACCCCCAAGAAGCUGUGUCCAGGCAGAAGCUGCACCUGCUGGGCUCUGUGGAGAGCAGCGGGGAGAGGACUGUGCCGAGCUGCAUGACUACUUCAAUGUCCUGAGUUACAGAAGCCUGGGUAACUGCAGCUUCUUCACAGAGACUGGUUAGCAACCAGAGGCAUCUUCUGGAAGAUAUACUUUUGUCUUUGCUAUUAUAGAUGAAUAUAUAAGCAACUGUACUCUCCAUGAGUGCUGCGUGUGUGUGUGUGUGUGUGUGUUCAGUUGAGUGAAUAAAUGUCAUCCUCUUCUCCA